CGUAGGUUUAAUAAUUCUCUCUCUGAGUCAUAUCAGUAUCUUAUCAUACAAUAAAGGCAUCUGCUAAAGAACAAUGUCUAAAAACAUAGUGUUUGAGGGAUGGCUUACAAAAUCGCCCCCUUCGAAACGAAUUUGGAGAACGAAAUGGCGAAGAAGAUGGUUUGCCUUGCGACAAUCGGGCGAGCUUCCCGGGCAAUAUUUCUUAGAUUACUAUGCCGACCGCAAUUGCAGACGGCUCAAGGGUACGAUCAACUUAGAUUUCUGUGAACAGGUGGAUGCUGGAUUGCAUAUGGAACGGGGCAGCCACAGCCACGGCUCAUUAGAUCCUAAGCUGAGGGGCUCUGUAUUCACAAUCCAGACUCAGACCAGGACUUACCACCUCGAAGCCGACUGUGAGGCAGAUAUGGAGCGGUGGGUAGAUGCUAUUUGCAGAGUUUGUGGUUUGCGAGCAACUGAAGAUACAUCGGCUAAUCCCUCAGGAAUUUAUCAAAACCACUCAGUGACUGUAGGAAACCAAGAGAAUAUUGCAUUGAGAGUUGUAAAUGAAAACAAGCAAAGAAAAGCAGCGAAUAAUCGGUCUGUGAAUAAUAUGCAGUAUAACACAGUUUCGGGCCGUAGCGAUCAGCAUCAGCCGUUAGUGUCGAAUUCCUCUACCAUGGCAAAUGAACAAUAUCAAGGUGCAGAAAGCACCGGCCCCUAUAUACCAAUAUCAGAAUGCAUAACGGGAGUUCGUGCACAGGAUGUACAGAACGCAUUCACUUUUGAUUCCAAAAAUAUUGUCAUAACCAUAACCGCCAAAGCACCAUUCGAAAAAACAGAUAAUAAAAGGCGCAUUUAUUUGAGUCAACCGCAGAUUAGGAUUAACAACGUCGAGCUUUCGGAAAACGACUCAAACUUUAGUGAAGACGAGUGCAGGUCACUUAAUGCUAGUCAAUCUAACAUCGGAGACUGGACAGUGGCAAAAACAUUUACUAAACUGGCUUUGGCUCCACAAAGAAAUAAUGCCUUGAGCGCAGAUGGACCUCCAGUGCCACCGCGGCCGCCCAAAACAUUUGCUAUGAGCAAAGAUUUUUCACAGAAGGAACUGUUACAGGCGAAUAAAGUUAUGGAACCCAUCGAUUUUCCUGAGAAUAAUCCGCAGAGGUUGCGUACACUCCGCCGGUCGUCGCACACACCACCUUCUCCCUCCCGCUCUGGUAUGGGGCAUAGCGUUCCACGGACCGACGAUGAAGAUGAGGCUUUUGCUGGACAUUCCAUACAGUACUGCAAUUUGAUAUCACUACCGCCUGCAGUUGAUCGCGCACUUAAGCCACGCCAUUCCAGUCAUACCAUCGGCACUGUUAGCAACUUCUAUGGACCGGUCGCAAAGAGAGAAGAGACUAAAUCAGAUCGACUACAAUACUUAGACUUGGACCUUCAGCCGUCGUCCAAGCCAUCCACAUCCAACUCUCAAGAUUUACGGAGACCCAGCAUUGUACACGGCAAGUCUCUCUCGUCCGAUGCCGAUUCCGCCUACAAAACCGUCGAUUUCCUAAAGACCGAAGCUUUCAACAUCACCCGGCAGGAUGCAGAAGCUUCUAGAAGUAACCAACAAUGAUUAAACCCUGCCUAUGCGCGAGUGUACAAAUCGGUUUUUAACCCUAAUGAUUUGUUUAUUCAUUAAAGACAUUUACGCUCUCUCAUACAACAAAACACAUUUAAAUGUUUUUCUUGUCAUUUUUAAAUUAGAAAAUUAGUAUAUACUGGUUUCGCGCCUAUUCACUAUGUACAAACAACACAAUUUAGGCGCUAAGACUUAACAGUGCAUUCACGGCCUACGGAAAUUUCGUGUAAUCGAAUUAUAUAUUUAUGAGUAAAUAAUUAUUUAUACCUUUAAAGUAUUAUAGUGGAUAUAAUAAAGUGCCAGGUUAAUUGAACAAGCAGCGUUGGGUUAUUAAAUGAUUGGAAAAAGCUUCUGGCGUAACCUAUUUGGAAGCUUGAUCUUUUAUCAUUAUCGUCACCACCAUGAUUCCCAGUUUAUUUAUGUUUCAUCCAUUCAGUAAUUCUACAGUAUAAUAUAAAUUUUUAUACAUUUCAUAGUACCGUUUAGGAAUUGCAUACAGUUCCUAGAAAUGUAAUGAUAAAUUAUUGACUAUACAUAAAUAAAUGUUACAUUUUCGGUAAUACAAUAUACAAAUAAAUAAAUUAUUUAAUCGUUCAGUAAAAUUUAAUUAAAUUCUUGAAUAUAUACAUAUAUGUAUACUUAUUUAUAAAUUCAUGUGAGGCUUUGCAGUAAACGUUAUUUCGACUUAGAAUAACUACUAAUCUACUUUUGUAAAUAUGUAUAUCACAACUAAUAUUCUUUAAUAGGGUGGUCUGGCUUAGUUGCGGUGAAGUAUAUAGGUUUAAUAAUAAACGUAGAUUGUAAAAUGGGUAGUACUUAAUUUAUGAUAUUGGAGGUACGAUAGAAGAAAAACGAAGGAGGAACUAGGUCAAAAAGUUCAAGCAACAACAACAAUAAGUGCUGGUAGAGCAACAAGUUAUUGUGUUAUUGAGGACUAAAGACAAAAAGCAGUGGCCUCGUCAUGAAAUCCUAUUAGUGGGUAUGAAAACCCUUCUUAAUGAGGACCUUAAUUAUAUACACAAUUUUUUUGAAUCAUUCGAUUCGAAUAACAAAAUACACAUUUAUUUAUAUCGAAAAUAUAUAAUGACGCUUUAAAAUACUAGCAUAUCUAAUAUUUAAAUCUAUAUUAUCCUAUAUAUUGUCUAUUAAACAAUUUAUAUGCAUGCUAUAAUUGUGCAAAGGAAUGUUAUUUGACAAGGAUGAAAUUUUGAUAGAAAUUAGUUACAAAGCUAUGUAUACCAUUAUAAAGACAUUUAAGGAACAAUGUGUAUUGAAAUUAACUGAGAUAUUAUGGAGCUUUAAAUUAUAAUCAGACAAAUGCGUCUGUUAUGUAUUGUUCGGUAAUGUGACUUAAGGAGUAUCAAAGAGAUAUUAAAUUAUGUUCUAUAAAACGCGUUAUUACCACGUGUACAUAUUCUUUUAUAUUUUGUUCUUAUGUUUUAAAAGUUAACAUUAUCAAUGCUUUUUAAGCAAUACUUCAUUGUCUGUAGUGACGUGACAGAAGGCGAACGGAAGUCCAAAUUAUUGUGAAGAUGUAACAACACAAUAAUUAAAAUAUUGUCAAUUUUAAGUCAAAGUUCACACAAAAUCUUGAAACUAAGACUCAAUUUUAUCGACGGAAAACUUAUUAAAAAAUAUCAAAUUUUUAUAGGUUUUAAAACAUUUUUUUGUAACAAACUGUGGAAGCUUUGUAAAAAAAUAUUUCGACUAAGUGGUCUAAUGUGUUAAAACAAAAGCAGUAAUGAUUUUUAAUCUUGUGCUCUUUAUGAAAUCCGCAUAAUGCAUGAAGAGUAAUGGAAAACAGUCAGCAGACGUCAUCCAUGUAACAAUUGAUUAUAAUUUUCUGAUUCGUUUGUUUAUUAUUUAACUGCAACAUAGUGACGCGUGUCGAAUCGAAAUUCUCUUUAAAUAACCAUUUAGUUUAUUCACCGCGAAUAAGAAUAUAAUAAUAUUAUAAUUAUACAACUUACGCUCACGCCCGGUUACAAAUCUAUAUAUAUAUAUAUAUCUAAUCUAUUUUGUAUAAAAUAUAUAUGGCUUUC